UUACGAGUGUAAUCAAUUGUAAAGUUGAUUAAGUAUUUUUGUGCUGUUAUUCGAGCAAUAUUAAUUGUAUUUAAGUAAAUAAAAACAAAGAACCAUGGAUGCAGAUUUGUAUGACGAAUUCGGCAAUUAUAUCGGCCCUGAUUUAGCCUCUGAUAGCGAAGAUGAAAAUGAAUAUGGAAACGCAGGAGACGAUGCAGAAGACAGGGAACGUUCCGACGAGGAGAUGGAAGAGGACAAGGAUGAAAAUAGAGAACAAUCAGACCAAGGAAAUUCUAUGGCAGUUGUGUUGCACGAGGAUAAAAGAUAUUAUCCAAGUGCUUUAGAAGUCUAUGGACCAGAGGUAGAAACAUUAGUACAAGAAGAAGAUGCACAACCGUUAGAUAAACCACUAAUUGCGCCAACAAGAAAACCAAAGUUUCAAAUAAAACAGCAACAACUUCCAGAAACCACUUAUAGCAUAGAAUUUUUAGCAGAUAUGAUGGAUGCACCACAUCUCAUACGUAACGUUGUUCUACUUGGUCACUUACAUCAUGGCAAAACUACUUUGGUCGAUUGUCUAGUGAGGCAAACUCACCCGUAUUUGCACAGUGUAACAGAUGAAAAACCUUUAAGGUAUACAGAUACGUUAUUCACGGAGCAACAGCGAGGAGUAUCGACAAAAGCAACACCGGUGACUUUGUUGCUACAAGACGUGAAGUCAAAGUCGUAUCUUUUAAAUAUAUUCGAUACACCCGGUCACGUAAAUUUUUCCGACGAGGCGACAGCAGCGAUACGUUUAUCCGAUGGAGCGAUACUGAUCGUCGACGCAGCCGAAGGCGUUAUGUUGAACACGGAACGUUUACUGAAACAUGCCCUUCAGGAAAAACUUGCGUUAACCGUUUGCAUAAAUAAGAUAGACCGACUCAUUCUAGAACUAAAAUUGCCCCCCUUAGACGCGUACUAUAAAUUAAGGCACAUCAUCGAAGAAAUUAAUGGAUUAAUAGCAUUAUACUCAGAUUCCGAAAAUCCCUCUUUCGUAUCACCUGCAAUUGGGAAUGUAUGUUUCGCCAGUUCGGAAUAUAAUGUCUGUUUCACCCUCAAAUCCUUCGCGGCGCUUUACGCUAAGACCCACCCCUUGCUUAACGCCAACGAAUUUGCGAAACGAUUAUGGGGUGACAUUUACUUCAACUCGAAAACGCGAAAGUUCACGAAGAAACCACCGCAUAAUACGGCACAACGCAGUUUCAUCGAAUUCAUUCUCGAGCCAUUGUAUAAGAUCUUUGCGCAAGUUGUCGGUGACGUCGACACAACGCUACCCGAUGUACUCGAUGAGUUAGGCAUAAGACUAACGUCCGAAGAAAUGAAAAUGAACAUUAGACCUCUGUUGAGAUUGGUAUGCACGCGCUUUUUGGGUGAUAUGUGCGGAUUGGUCGAUAUGUGCGUAGCUCACGUUCCUAGUCCUCAGUCUCACGCACCGGUUAAAGUUCAACACGUAUACACAGGGUCUAUGGAUUCAUCCCUUGCGCAGGACAUGAUCAAUUGCGAUCCUGACGGCAGAUUAAUGAUUCACAGCACGAAAAUGUAUCCUACCGAGGACUGUACCCUGUUCGUAGUCCUCGGAAGGGUAAUGUCAGGCACUCUCGAAGCGGGACAACGCGUCCGCGUAUUAGGCGAAGCGUACUCGCGUACGGACGAGGAGGAUUCUCGGGUUUUAACCGUGGGAAGGUUGUGGAUUAGCGAAGCACGCUAUUCGAUCGAGCUGAACCGAGUUCCCGCGGGCAACUGGGUUCUUAUCGAGGGCAUAGACAGACCCAUAGUAAAGACAAGUACGAUUACGGACCUGAGUAACUCGGACGACCUUCACAUCUUCCGGCCGCUGAAAUUCAAUACACAGAGUGUAAUAAAAAUUGCCGUGGAACCUGUCAACCCUUCGGAAUUGCCAAAGAUGUUAGACGGUCUGAGAAAAGUGAACAAAAGCUAUCCUCUGUUGGGUACCAGGGUCGAAGAAAGUGGCGAACACGUGGUCUUAGGUACCGGUGAAUUGUACUUGGAUUGCGCGAUGCACGACUUACGUCGUAUGUAUUCGGAAAUCGAUAUAAAAGUGGCCGACCCUGUGGUUGCUUUCGCGGAGACGGUGGUAGAAACGAGUUCUCUCAAGUGUUUCGCCGAGACACCCAAUAAACGGAACAAGUUAACGAUGAUCGCCGAGCCACUUGAGAGAGGUCUUGCAGAGGACAUCGAGGCCGAGCACGUUAAAAUCACGUGGAACAAAAAACGACUAGGAGAAUUCUUUCAAACCAAGUACGACUGGGAUUUGCUAGCGGCGCGAAGUAUAUGGGCGUUUGGUCCUGAUGCCACGGGUCCGAAUAUCCUGGUCGACGAUACUUUACCAUCGGAAGUGGAUAAAACGUUAUUGAACAGCGCUCGCGACGCCAUUAUUCAAGGUUUCCAAUGGGGUACUCGAGAAGGCCCCCUGUGCGAGGAACCGAUUCGAAACGUAAAGUUCAAAAUUUUGGACGCCGUAAUCGCGCAGGAACCUCUCCAUCGUGGAGGUGGUCAAAUAAUUCCAACCGCCAGGAGAGUAGCCUAUUCCGCCUUCCUCAUGGCAACGCCCAGGCUGAUGGAGCCCUAUUUGUUCGUGGAGGUUCAAGCGCCUGCGGACUGCGUUUCGGCGGUGUAUACCGUGUUGGCUAAAAGGAGAGGUCACGUGACUCAAGACGCUCCCGUUCCCGGAAGUCCCCUAUACACCAUCAAAGCGUUCAUUCCGGCAAUCGAUAGCUUCGGUUUCGAGACCGACUUGCGAACCCACACGCAAGGCCAGGCAUUCUGUCUGUCCGUGUUUCACCACUGGCAAAUCGUACCUGGUGACCCGUUGGACAAGAGUAUCACGAUUCGUCCUCUCGAGCCACAACCAGCCACACAUUUAGCUAGAGAAUUUAUGUUGAAAACCAGAAGGCGGAAGGGACUCUCGGAGGACGUGUCCAUCAACAAGUUCUUCGACGAUCCUAUGUUGCUCGAAUUAGCCAGACAAGACGUUUUACUCAAUUAUCCCCUAUAAAUGA